AUGGAGCAGGAGGUGGUCCAAGAGUUGGACCAUGAGCAGGAGCAGCAGGUGCAGGGGCAAGGUGGAAGGCAGCGGAUGUCAUUAGCAUUGAACACCCAAGAAAAAAAUCUCAUUGCACAGUUUCUUCUACAGCAAAGUCAAGCUGGAGUGCUGCCAAGAGGUUCAUUUACAGAGGCAGCCAAAAGAUUCAACAUCCAUACAAGGACAGCAAUGAGAAUUUGGAAUAUCAGCAAGCAGCAAAUGGACAGAGGGGAACCUGUUAUGAUGAAAGGCAAAGCAACAGGUUAUCAACACAAAGAUAAACUCAUGCUGGAUACAGAAAAGUAUAGAAAAUUGUCCAUGCUUGAGAGAUCAACAAUAAGAAAGGUUGCUUCUAAGAUGGAGGUAAGCAAGACAGCAAUUGGUAGAUUUAUUAAGAAUAAUGAGCUGAGACCUCAUACAAAUGCUGUCAAGCCUACACUGACUGAAGCCAACAAAAUUGCAAGGAUGAAAUGGUGUCUUGCUCAUGUUCAGCCAACAUUGGCUGAAGGUAAACUUCUUUACCAUUCAUUGCACAAUAUUGUUCAUAUUGAUGAGAAAUGGUUCUACAUGACCAAGACAUCAGACAGAUACUACCUUUUGCCGGAUGAGGAUGAGCCUUAUAGGUCCUGUAAGUCCAAGAGAUUCAUCACUAAAGUGAUGUUCAUGGCUAUUGUGUGUAGGCCACUUAUUGGUAGUGAUGGGGAAAUCAUAUUUGAUGGUAAAAUAGGAUUAUUCCCAUUCACAGAGCAAGUACCAGCUCAAAGAAGUUCAAAGAACAGGCCAAAAGGGACACUAGAGACAAAGCCAAUUCAAUCAGUGAAUAAGGAAGUCAUGACAGCAUGUCUCAUAAACCAGAUUGUACCAACAAUCAAGGCCAAAUGGCCAGCCAAUGCAAGCAAGAAGAUUUACAUCCAGCAAGAUAAUGCCAAACCUCACCUAAGAGUUGCUGACCAACAGUUUGAGGAGAUUACUAGUACUGAUGGGUUUGAAUUCCAUCUAAUUAGUCAACCAGCCAACUCCCCAGACACAAAUGUAUUAGACCUUGGGUAUUUUAGGGCAAUACAAUCACUUCAAGAUGACAAAAUAGCCACCAAUGUAGAUGACUUGAUGAGAAAUGUGUUUACCUCAUUUGAAGAACUCUCACCACAAACUCUUAAUAGAGUGUUCAUCACAUUGCAGAGCUGCUUCACAGCAAUAUUACAAGUGCAGGGGAACAAUAGCUACAAGAUCCCUCACUUAAACAAGGACAGGUUGCACAGAACAGUGGGGCUACCUCUUCAACUUCAUGUUGAAGAGGGUUUGGUCAGAGAGAGUUUGGAGUACCUACAGCUGCCUGAGAACAAUACUGGAGACACAUAUGACAUAGGGCCUCUUAACAAUGCUUUAGGGUACUAG